UCCGACCGCGGGCGGCCGAGGGGCGGGCGCGCCGCUGCAUCCCCAUCCUCGGCGUUGCUCGGCACAGAGCGAGCGAGCGGCGACUGGCCGGAGCGGGCGGGCGCAGCGCUGAGGCCCGGCCAUGGCCACCACCAGCACCACGGGCUCCACCCUGCUGCAGCCCCUCAGCAACGCUGUGCAGCUGCCCAUCGAUCAGGUCAACUUUGUAGUGUGCCAACUCUUUGCCUUGUUAGCAGCCGUUUGGUUUCGAACUUAUCUACAUUCAAGCAAAACUAGCUCUUUUAUCAGACACGUAGUUGCUACCCUUUUGGGCCUUUAUCUUGCAUUUUUUUGCUUUGGAUGGUAUGCCUUACACUUUCUCGUACAGAGUGGCAUUUCCUACUGCAUCAUGAUCAUAGCAGGAGUGGAGAGCAUGCACCAAUGUUGCUUUGUGUUUGCUUUGGGAUACCUCUCAGUGUGUCAGAUUACUAGAGUCUAUAUCUUUGAUUAUGGACAAUAUUCUGCUGAUUUUUCAGGCCCAAUGAUGAUCAUUACGCAGAAGAUCACUAGUUUGGCUUACGAAAUUCACGACGGGAUGUUUCGAAAGGAUGAAGAACUGACUCCAUCGCAGAGGGGAUUGGCUGUGAGGCGCAUGCCGAGUCUCCUGGAGUACGUCAGUUACACCUGCAACUUCAUGGGCAUCCUGGCAGGCCCACUCUGCUCCUACAAAGACUACAUUGCUUUCAUCGAGGGCAGAGCAUCCCACAUGGCACAGUCAGGUGAAAAUGGAAAAGAAGAGCAGCAUGGGAAAGCAGAGCCAUCUCCAAACGCAGCAGUUACGGAGAAGCUCCUGGUCUGUGGACUCUCCUUGUUAUUCCACUUGACCAUCUCCAGCAUGCUACCUGUGGAGUACAACAUCGAUGAGCAUUUCCAAGCCACCGCAUCGUGGCCGACCAAAGCCACCUAUCUGUAUGUCUCUCUCUUGGCUGCCAGACCUAAGUACUAUUUUGCAUGGACCUUAGCUGAUGCCAUUAACAAUGCAGCAGGCUUCGGUUUCAGAGGAUACGACAAGAACGGAGUGGCUCGCUGGGACUUGAUUUCCAAUUUGAGAAUUCAGCAAAUAGAGAUGUCAACAAGUUUUAAGAUGUUUCUCGAUAAUUGGAAUAUCCAGACAGCUCUUUGGCUCAAAAGGGUGUGUUAUGAACGAGCAACCUUCAGUCCGACAAUCCAGACAUUCUUCCUCUCGGCCAUUUGGCAUGGGGUCUAUCCAGGAUACUAUCUGACAUUUCUAACAGGAGUGUUGAUGACGUUAGCAGCUCGGGCUGUGAGGAAUAACUUUAGGCAUUACUUCAUUGAACCCCCUCAACUUAAGUUAUUUUAUGACAUCAUAACGUGGGCGGCAACCCAAAUAACAAUAAGUUACACGGUUGUUCCGUUCGUGCUUCUCUCUAUAAACCCAUCGUUCACGUUUUACAGAUCCUGGUAUUACUGCCUCCACGUCUGUAGUAUCUUGGUGUUGCUGUUGCUGCCGGUGAAAAAGUCUCCAAGAAAAAAGAGCACACAGGAAAAUGCUCAGCCCUCGUGGGCCAAAAAGUUUGACGAAAGGGAAAAUUCUCUGGGACAGAACAGCUUUUCCACGAUGAAUAAUGUUUGCAAUCAGAACCAAGACACUGGCUCCAGACACUCGCCACUAACACAGUGAGGGGGAGAGCACUGGAAGGCUGUUCCCGUCUGUGAACAGAAACCAGUCCUGACGCCUUCGCAGAGCCUCCUGUUUAAGGAAGAGAGACUAACUGGGUGGAAUGGGACGGUCUCGGAUGGGGGAUUUCCUGUACACUAGAUUGGGAAUGGAAUGAAACAACCCCUCCCAUGCCAUGUUCCUGUGGGUCACGCCUUAUACAAAAUCUUCCCAUGUUUCAGCGGGGCGCUCUGACCUCAGCCCUCAAGGUCAUAGGUGUACCCUGUUGCCGAAUGUACACUGUGUAUCCCAAGGCACAGAAGAGGUGGAAAAAUAAUCAUGUCAAUCUGGACGAUUAACUUUUUCCAAAUGAAUGUCUUGCCUUAAAUCUUCCGUUUCCUAAACUGUUGUUCCGGGAUGGUGUUUUCAAGGGUAAUAUGGUGAGGAGACGAUUUCAAUAUUUGAUAUGGUGUGCUGCAGAGAGGAUUGAGGAGGAGACUAAAGCCGGAUAUUUAAGAUUGUGGGUUCUUAGAAAAUGCAAUAAACAUCUCAGUAUUUGAAGGGUUUCCUUAAGGUAUCCUAGAGGACUGUAUGCAUGGUGGAACUGUACACAGUCAGGGCUUCAUUACAGGUAACUUAUGCUUCUGGGAGCUUAAUUACCUGGUGUCAGUCAGGGGGCCCUUCCAGGAGGACUUUCUUAAACAUAAUUAAAGGUUGGCAAUGUGAUAUUUUGGGCUUAUUUUCUUAAGAAAAAAAAAAAAAAAAAACAAUACUAAGAGGGAAGAUGAGGUAAGCAGGCCAGAAGUAGGAAAGCACCGUGCGGCCUGCAGCCAGCGGCAGAGGGCUCCCCUCUGUGUCCGAGACCAGUGUAACUGUAGGGGACACAACGGCUUCAUAGUGAUAACACUGUGGACUUUCUGAAGAAAGCUCUCGAGCAUAAAUUACAUAGAGUUAGAGGGGGUUAUAAGAGUAACAGUGAUAGAUGAGUUGAAGACUUUGAAAGAAAUCUCUAGUAAUUAAGGUCCUUGUAUGGUUCAUCAGUUUCUUGUCCCUGUCCUUUUCAUUGCGAUUUGGGAAAGAUUUAGGGAAAAGAAAACUUAGUCGAUGAGUCUAAAUGACCUUUUUUUUUCUUGAAAAUUAAUAAAUUAGUUUCUAUACUCUUUAACUUCA